UACUAAGCUUGAAGACAAGUUCCUCAUUACUUCUCUCCAUUAUUCCCACACCAAAAAUAUCAAAAGCCAAAGAUGGUUCUGUGGAGCCAAUUGGUAAUCAAAUCAGUGCUUUUAGUUACUUGCAUUAUAUCUCUCUUCUUACACACUGGCAGAGCAGAGCUUGUAGUACAAAAUUUGAGUAGCCUUAGUUGGGAAAACAAAGGAGUUGUGAGCAGUAGUAAGUGCAAGUUAUUUCAAGGUAGAUGGGCAAUUGACCCUUCUUAUCCUCUUUAUGAUUCCAAAAGUUGCCCUUUCAUUGAUCCUGAAUUUGAUUGCCUAAAAUAUGGUCGACCUGAUAAGCAAUACCUCAAAUAUGCUUGGAAACCAGAUUCUUGUAACUUGCCCAGGUUCAAUGGAAAAGAUUUCUUGAAUCGCUGGUCAGGGAAGAAAAUAAUGUUUAUUGGUGACUCAUUGAGUUUGAACAUGUGGAAUUCACUGGCUUGUAUGCUCCAUGCGUCGGUGCCCAAUGCCAAGACUGCUAUUUCUCGCACAGAGAAACUUUCUUCUGUCACCUUUCAGGACUAUGGAGUUACUUUAUUCCUUUUUAGAACAACUUACCUUGUGGAUAUAGUAAGAGAGAAGAUGGGAAGGGUAUUGAAAUUGGAUACCAUUCAACAAGGAGAUGCUUGGAAAGGAAUGGACAUGUUAAUUUUCAAUUCUUGGCAUUGGUGGACUCACAAGGGCAACUCUCAACCAUGGGAUUAUGUGCAAGAUGGUUCGAAAGUAAUGAAAGACAUGGACCGUUUAAUGGCAUUUUACAAGGGUCUAACUACUUGGGCAAGAUGGGUUGACAGAAAUGUUGAUUCUUCCAAGACCAAAGUUUACUUCCAGGGCAUUUCUCCAACGCACUAUAUGGGUCAGGAAUGGGGGGCAUCAACAAAGAAUUGUAACUCAGAGCAAAUACCAUUAGCAGGAUCGUCAUAUCCAGCAGGGACACCAGCAUCAGCUAUUGUAGUUAACAAAGUACUAAAUAGGAUGAAGACACCAAUUUACCUCCUCGAUAUCACGUUUCUCUCCCAGUUAAGGAAAGAUGCUCAUCCAUCAAUGUACAGCGGCGGUCACUCUGGUGUAGAUUGCAGUCAUUGGUGUCUCCCUGGACUUCCUGAUACUUGGAACCAGCUUCUUUACGCAUCAUUGAUUAUGCCGUCGGCUAAAAUCAGCGAGCAACCAAGUUCAGGCGCACGCUGCAAUCAUUGGCGCAGUCCUGGACUUCUUAAUAGUUGGAGCCAGCUUGUUUAUGCAGCAGCAGUUCUUCUCUGAGGAAGAAGACUUCAGAUUAGUUUAACUGCUCAUAGUUUGUUUCUUUUCAUAGGUAUUGAUCUGUGUAUUAUUGGGGCCAAGGCUCAAACUGUGAAAUAAUGAUUCAAGGACAUACAAUAGCUUAUAGAUGUAAUAAGCAUUAUGAUUGGGGAGUGGGGGUGCAUAUUAGUUCUGUUAAUUUCUAUUACAAGCUCGAAGUUUCCUUUCAUUUUAUGUAACAAUUACAAAUAAAAGCAGAAUCUCUCUGCUAAUAUCUGGAUUGCGUCCUAGAACAUGUAAAAUCUUCUUAUUCAGACAUGGAAUUUCAUUCAUGUGCAA